UAAUCGAUUGGCCGGUGCAUUGGUUGAUGUCGCAGAUGUGGGCCUUUAGCUGACUCUUCUUCUUCCUGGAGCUACAAUUGCUUGUUAGCUAGAGGUGCCGGUAGAGAUGUGGCUUCAGGGAGGGCUGUGAACUAUAUUCCUGUGACUACUAAUAUGACGGAGGCAGAAGACAUGGAGAGGGAGUUUAACAAAAUAGACGAGGAGAACCGCUGGAGUGCACUGUAUGGGGAAAUUAGAUAUAAAUCUCCUGUGAUGGCCAACAAAGUUGCAAAGAAUGCAGACAACAAGAAUCGUAACAGAUACAGGGAUGUCAGCCCAUUUGACCACAGCCGUGUAAAGCUUCAAAAUGUGGAAAAUGAUUAUAUCAAUGCCAGUCUUGUGGUUGUCGAAGAAGCUCAAAGAAAUUACAUUUUAACCCAAGGCCCACUUCCCAAUACCUGUUGUCAUUUCUGGUUAAUGGUUUGGCAACAAAAAAGCAAAGCAAUUGUGAUGCUGAAUCGAAUCAUUGAAAAGGAUGCGGUGAAAUGUGCUCAGUACUGGCCUACCCCAGAGGAAGAGAUACGACUUUUUAAGGAAACUGGGUUGUGUGUGAAGUUAUUGUCUGAAGAAAUUAAGUCUUACUACACUGUUCGAUUGUUACAAGUACAGAAUAUAAAUACAGCUGAAACAAGAGAGAUUCAACAUUUCCAUUAUACCACAUGGCCUGAUUUUGGAGUUCCAGAUUCCCCAGCUUCAUUCCUAAACUUUUUGUUUAAAGUACGUGAUUCUGGCUCAUUGGAUGCUGGGUAUGGACCUGUUGUCAUACAUUGUAGUGCAGGCAUUGGACGCUCUGGGACAUUUUCAUUGGUUGACACCUGUCUUGUACUGAUGGAAAAAAGGAAGGAUCCAUCUUCAGUUGACAUAAAGCAAGUAUUGUUAGAUAUGAGAAGCUAUCGAAUGGGACUAAUUCAGACACCUGGACAACUCCGAUUCUCUUAUUUGGCCAUAAUAGAGGGAUCAAAGUAUAUAAUGGGAGACUCAAGUCUACAGAACCAGUGGAGAGACAUUUCCAGGGAAGAGCAAUCUCCUAAUAGAGAUUGUUGUCCACCUCCUCAGCGGCUGUCUGAAGAAAAAUACAAUGGAAAUAAACUCUCAGUGGAGGAACAAGCACAGACUGAUGAUUCGGAAUUGUGUGCUAGCUUUAAGGAUAUUGUGGACGGUGAUGCAAAAAAUACUAUGAGGAAAAGAGUCAGAGAAGAUCGGAAAACAAACACAGCACAGAAGGUGCAGCAAAUCAAGCAAAAGCUGAAUGAAGCGGAACGAAAAAGAAAAAGGCAGAGGCUCCUCGACACCUAAACGCCACGACUUGUGAUUAUCCUGCAACAUUUAUACUACGAAACAAUUGACAUGCAAAGCAAGACCUGAAACUCUCUCCAGGAACCUUUUAUGAGGUUUUUGCAAUGAGCUGACCUCAUUGUGUUAUCUGUUUACCACGUAAACUACUCCAUCCAGGGAGAGAAGGACAUCACCAGCAUGAGAAUUGGCAAAACAAGCGCACUUCAUAUGUCAUUGGGUGUUUUCUAAUGCAUGUCAUUUAGAGAUAUAUGUAAAAUACGUUAGAAGAGUACUUUGUAUCAUUCUUUCAUUCACAUUGUAUUUUUAUACUUUUUAACAGCAUUAAAUAUUUUUUUAAACUGUUAA